GUUUUAAAAUAUACCGAAACAAAUAAAAAAAGAUAAUAAAUUGUAUUUUUUGCAUACACGCGUCCCUCUUUGUCCUUUUGAACGGGGAAAUAUUGAUUACGAAGGGAAAUAUUUAGUCUCUUCCAUUUUGGGGACGAAAAGCUGUUUGGGGAGAAGUUUUCGAAUUGUAACAUUGCAAUACACACCUGUUACGUCACAUGAGACCUUUAACAGCUGAUUGUGACAGGUGUAAUAAACAACAGAUUGAAAAUGUAGAACAGAUUUGUAAACUUCCUGUCACCACCCAGAACCAUAGCAACCAUGGAGAACUCAUUGCACUACACGUCAGUAAACCACGCCCAUCUUCUUAUCGGUGCAAUCAAUCAAUUACGGAAAAGACAAGAACUUUGUGACAUCAUAUUAAACUGUGGAAACACAUUAAUUCCAGCGCACAAAUUAAUUUUGUCUGUCAGCACACCAUAUUUUAAAAGUUUAGUUGAAAAUAAAUACAAAACCGACACAAGUCUACGAGAAUUAAGAAUUGAUGGUUUAGAUGGCCAUGCUGUACAGAAUAUAAUUGAAUUUUUCUACACGUCUGCCGUGUCUGUGGACGAUGUGACUGUGUGGACUCUCCUACCUGCGGCAUGUUUAUUACAAGUCGAGGAAAUCCAGAACUUGUGUUGUGAUUUUCUAUCAUCCCAGUUACAGCUUGAGAACUGUUUACGUAUUCACAGAGUGGCCGCUAAAUGUUUGUGUUCAGGAUUACUGAAAGAAAGCACUGAGUACAUUAAAACUAACUUUGAUCAGAUUUUGGAAGAAGAGAUAUUUUUGGAGCUUCCUGUCAGAGAAAUGAUUGGUCAUCUUAAACGACUAAAUGAUAUGGAAAUAGAGGAUGAGAAAAUCUUACAGGGUGUCAAGUGUUGGGUUAUCUAUAGUGUAGAUGAUAGACAGCUGCUUGGAUAUAAGUUACUUCAAGAAUUCCCAAAGUUGAAGGAAGAAUUAGAGAAAUUUUUGCCGGCUGAAUACCAGGUCCCACAAGAAGAGGAUUUGGCAGAAAUGAUGGAGGAAGCUUCGAAUAGUGUCAGCCAAUCGAGUAAUGAAAACCCUAAAACUUCUGACUUGUCAAACAUAGAUAAUGUUGAUCCCCUCAUGUGUUUUGAAUGUGCCGAGGUCUUCGACAGUGCCGAAGAAUUGAAGAAACAUGUUCAAACUCAUCUGGCCUCUAUGUAUGGAAAGGACUUACCAAGUACAGAGAAAAAUAAAUUACCGUUUGACGUAAACUCCUAUAACCAAAUGUUUAACGAUUCUAAAAAUAGUACAUCAGACGAUUCCAAGUCUGGGAACAGUUAUUUUGAUACUUACAUGAAGGCUAGGGGGCUUGAUACCCCAUCAUUUGGAGGAUUGAAAAGGGAACGGGAAUCUACAAAAAGUCCAGGUGUGCCACAGAAGCAAGUUACAAUCACGGUGACCAGUACCACUGGCGAUGGACGAGAACUUAAAUUUAUUUGCCCAGUCUGCGGCAAAACUUGCCCAAGUACUGAUGAGUUAGGCAGCCACAUGGAAAGUCACUCAAGUUUUAAUUGCAAUAUCUGUGGAAAGUCAUACUCUACAAGGGGCAAUUUACAAACUCACAUGAAAAAACACAAUGGCGAUAAAUCUGUCCUAUGUACAUACUGCAAUAAGUCUUUUACAAGUCCAGCUGUACUCAAAGUUCAUAUUAGGUCCCAUACUGGCGAAAAACCAUUUGCCUGUGAGACAUGUGGUGUUGGAUUUGCCAAAAAUAUCCACCUUAAACGCCACCUAUCAAUUCAUACAGGUAUUAAACCCCACGAAUGUGAGAUUUGUCAUAAGAGAUUCAGUCGCUCAGACCACCUGAAAAGACACGUUCAAAGCAUUCACACUCAGGAUCGUCCUCACAUCUGCUCAUUGUGUGGAAAAGAUUUCGUCAGGAAGUAUGAGCUCAAUAAACACAUGAAACAGAUGCAUUGGGGUUUUACUGUAGGUCAAAAUGGAAAUGAGGGAUCCACUGACACUAGCUUUUCUCAAAACCAAAAUGAAACGGCCAUGGAUACUUCUUUUAUCAGUGACGUUUAUAAAGGUAUGCAACAAUUACAGGGUGCUUUUGUCAUGGGAGAUAAUAACAACAUGGACGAGAGUAAAGAUCAAGGGGUCAGCAUCAAACAGGAAGAGGUCACAGGUCAAAGUGCAUUAAUGAAAGAGGAAAAUGAUGUUCAAUGUGAAAAUGGAACUAAUGGACUCGCAAGUUCAAAAGGUCAAAGUGCAUUAAAAAAGGCAGAAAAUGGUACGAAAAGUGAAAAUGAAACUAAUGGCCUUGAAAGUUCCAAAGGUCAAAGUUUGUCUAUAGUCAUUAAAAGGGAUCCAGAUGGCUACUCUAUUUCACAGUGAAAA